AUGGCGGCGGCGGCAGCGGCGGAUCCGUGUCCGGCUGCGGGCGACGAGCAGCGCCCCGAUCGCGGCGGUACCAACGCCAGUAACACCGGCGGCGGCGGCGGCUCCGGCACCGGCAACAGCGGCGGCGGCGGCACCGGCAGCAGCAGCAGCCCCGGGUCGGUGGAGCUGGCGGCGGCGCGGCGGCGGCUGGUGGCGGCGGAAGGUCGCCGUCGGGCGGCGGCGGAGCUGGAGGGUCGGGUCCGGCAGGUUCACUGCGCCCUGCGGCACGCCGAGCUCCGCCUGGCCGCCCGCGCCGAGGCCCUGGGCCGGUUGGGAGCCGGGGUGGCCCAGGCCCAGCUGGCGCUAGCCGCGCAGAGCCAGCGGCUGCAGAAGGGGCUGCGCCGCCGCCCGCGCCCCCGCCCCGCCGCCCUCCUGGCCGCCGCCCGCGCCCUCCGCAGCUGCGUCCCCUGGGGCCCCGCACGCCCCCGCGGAGCCGCCGCAACCCCCGUCGUUGCCCGCCGGCUGCCCGCCGCGCCCCGCAGCCCCGCAUAGCGCCGGUGCGGGGGGGGAGCGGGGCG